UGUUAGUGUGAAACUAUACCUAUGUCAGUUGUCUUCCAUCAUAGCCUUGUUGUUUGCACCAUAUGCAGAGCUAAGGACUGACAUAGAACGCUCAUGUUAUACUGGAGCUCUGUGUGGGCUUGGAUAUGAUCCCAGAACAAACCAGUCCAUCUAUCCAGAUCAUGACAUGGAGCUUGUUUUUGACACAACAUUUGAUUGUGAAGACAUCAGUGCCAUCAAUAAAGUGAGGAUGGGAAUUAAUCUUUUACUGGGGAGUGAAGAAAAGCUAGCUCAGUGGGCUCCAGAUCAAAUUAUGAACAUCCAGAAGCGUGUUAAUAAACAUCUACAAGAAUUGAUAUCCAGAAAUCGAAAGUCUCGAGAACUUCAAGAAUUCAGAAGAAGUCAUCGUUGGCAGCAAGUGCCUCAGGAGUAUCAGCUAUGUUCAUGUCUGGAAGGUACUGAAGCUGACAGUUAUCACGUUCUUCCUCUCCAUAAAGCUGUCAGUCUGUGUGGGGAUACUUUUCUUGAAAAGAUGAGGGAGCACCUUAUUGACCUGCAAACUAAAGCAAGCCGGUCUCUGCAACGAGAGGUGAACAGGUGUAACCUGUGUGAUAUAACCCUUCAUUGUCCCCGAGACUUGUUGCUUCACCUGGAAUCAGAAUUACACUUGGAGCGAGAAAAAGAACUGUUUAAUUAAUGUAGAAUAUCUGAGUGUAAAAAUAUAGUUUUUAGAAUGAUCUAUAGUUUGUAUUAUAAGCUUUGUUCUUUUAUUUUCAUAGACACAAGAAAUUGUUAUGUUUUGUUUCUCUAAUAAAAUCUUCAGAAUUGUGUGAAA